AUGGUAAAGAAGAUGUCGGCUCUGUUGCAUUUGAGGAAUGAGCUUCAGGUAGGAAUUCCACGGAACCAUACGGAAAUGGUCAAAUUCAGCUCUGUGGCAGAUGUGGAUUAUCGCACGGUAGCAAACCAUAUCGGGAAUUACAUAAAAGACAUUAUCACUAGAGCAGAUAACGACGAGGAUAAUAACAAGGAGUGUGGGAUUGACACUACUGAAGUAGACGAGCGGAGGAGAAAGGGAAAGAGAAAGAGGAGAAGGGUGAUAGCCAGUAGAAACAAUAGUGAAAGCGAAAAUGAGGACGAGGACGAGAGUGGAAGCGGGACCGAGGGGGAAAGUGGUAGUCCUGGCAGUGAUAGUGUUGACAGCUCAAGCGAGAGUGGAGAGAGUAGUGGUAAUGAUAACGGCAACGACCCUUGGGAGAUCGAUAAAUUGGGGGAUAGAAUAAAAAAAAAAGACAAACUGGACUCGAACGAUUGGCAGUGGGAUUCGGAUUACCCCGUCGUCGAUAAAAGUUCGAGCGACGAAACUGACGAUGAAGAGAUGCAGGACGCUUUCAAUAAGCUCUUUUUUAGCGCACAUGGCAAUAGGCUUGAUCGCAGGAGGAAAAGAAAACUUAAAAAUUUCAUUGGGAGGAGAGUUAAGAAACAUUUAGAGGGCCGUUACGGUGUAGGGGUAAGCUAG